GAGUGCUUUCUCUCUGACCUUUCUCUUCCCAGUCGGAACCACCAUGCCGCAAAGUCUUUGACUUUGAUUAGACCACCUCAGUCUCUCCCAUUGCUAUUAUUCCCUUCAAUGGCCGCUGUUACCUCUUUCUCUUUCUCCGCAUUAACUCACUGUUCUGAAAGAAAGGCAGCUUUCCCUUCCACUCGCUUCCUCGGAUUCAAUUCGGCGGCAUUACGGUUUCGGACGAAUAUUUCUUACCACUAUGCUGGUGUUGGAGCUUCCAAUUCCACUUCUAAAAUGAUUAUUCAAUGCAUGUCUUCUGCGACAGAUCUUCCCACUGUAUCUGAGACAAAAUAUAACUUCCUCAAGGCAUAUAAACGACCAAUCCCUAGUAUCUACAACACUGUGCUGCAGGAGCUCAUUGUUCAGCAGCAUUUAAUGAGAUACAAGAGAUCAUACCGUUAUGACCCUGUAUUUGCGCUUGGUUUUGUCACUGUGUACGAUCAACUCAUGGAUGGGUAUCCUAGUGAUGAAGAUCGAGAUGCCAUCUUCCAAGCAUAUAUCAGGGCAUUGAAAGAAGAGCCAGAACAAUAUAGAAUAGAUGCACAGAAGUUGGAAGAGUGGGCCCGGGCUCAGAACCCAACUUCCCUAGUUGAGUUUUCUUCCAGAGAAGGAGAGGUGGAGGGUAUAUUAAAGGAUAUUGCAGAAAGAGCAGGUGGGAAGGGGGAUUUCAGUUAUAGUCGUUUCUUUGCAGUGGGACUAUUUCGACUUCUUGAGUUGGCAAAUGCAACAGAGCCGGCCAUUUUGGAUAAGCUUUGCGCAGCUUUGAACAUCAACAAAAGAAGCGUUGAUCGUGAUUUGGAUGUGUACCGUAAUCUGCUUUCCAAGUUGGUUCAGGCGAAAGAGCUGCUCAGGGAAUAUGUUGACAGGGAGAAGAAGAAAAGAGAAGAAAGGACUGAAUCGCAAAAGGCUAAUGAGGCGGUUUCAAAAUGUUUGGGACAAAGCAUCAGUUUUCUGGCCUCUAGACAUUAAUGAACGAUGUUCCUGUGAUGGUUGCGCAUUCUUGGCUUCAUUUUUCUUGGUUCUUGAAUAAUCAGUUGUAACCAGCCUGGUCCUACAUAUUGUAUUCAAUGUAUUAGCUCUUACGGUGAUCCAGCUGAAACCUCACCCUGUCAAUAUGAUCACAUCAUCCUCUCUUACGUGUACUGUUUGUCUCCGUGGCAAAUAUAUUUUUUUAAUAGCUAUCGAUUGCAAGGCUUGAGGCACGUAUACUUUCUGGUUACAAUUGAAACUUUUCUCAGGUCA